AUUAAGUUCCGCGAGGCGAAACGGUCAUCUUGUGCAAAAUAGCGUCGAGACCUCUAGGAGACCACAUCAAGUGCUGAGAAGUUGAUAAAGACAUCAGUGAUUCACAAUACCAAUGGACUCAUGGCGAAUGCCCACUCAAGGUGUAAGAAUAAGUGUGAUUGGACGAUAUCUAAGAUUAUCCAAGCGUCAGGGUGGGCUGUUUUUAUUGGUUUUCUUUCUAUUCCUUGUGUUUUUGGCGUUUUGUGUGUCUACUCUGAAUGGACUUCCAGUCGACAAGUCAACUGGUUUGCCUCAGGGGAGCUUUGUUGGUCAUCAUAAUUUAUUGGAACAGAAAUUUACCCUUGUCUUGCAAACAUUCAACAGAUCUGAUUUGUUAAUUAAACUGCUCAAUCACUAUAGCGGUAUUCACCAGCUGUCUAGAAUCAUUGUUGUUUGGAACAAUGUGGGUGAGCCACCACCUGUCAAUGCCUGGAGAAAGUAUGAUCCCCAUCCUGUUCCUGUCCACUUUAUCCAGCAAGACCACAACAGAAUGAGAAACAGGCUACAUCCAUUUUCAGAAAUUGACACUGAAGCUGUACUCAUAUUGGAUGACGACAUUUUGGUUAGUGCAAAUGACAUAACAUUUGCAUUCUCUGUCUGGCAGCAAUUUUCAGAUCAAAUAGUAGGAUUUGUACCAAGAAAGCACGUGUUAUCCGAGAACGGUGUUUAUACUUAUGGAAGCAGAGAACUGGAAGCUCAUCCAAGAGAUGUGUUGUAUUAUGGGGAUCGGUAUUAUUCUUUGGUAUUGAUAGGAGCAGCUUUUGUCCAUUUUGACUACCUUAAAAUGUUUAAGACAACAGUGCCUCAGGCUGUGAACGAUCUCAUCGAUGAGACUCAAAAUUGUGAUGACCUAGUCUUCAAUGUAAUGGUGGGAAAAGCACUAGGAAAUCGAAAGCCGACAGGAGUCUACGUUCGGCCAAGUGAUAUGAGAAAUUUAGAAGCUGAAGCAGAAUCAGGAUACAAGGGUAUGUGGCACAGAGCUGAUCACUUACUGGAACGAUCCUAUUGCCUGAAUCGGCUGGCAAAAGUGUAUGGACAAUUGCAACUGCCAUACUCGAAAUUAGAGAUUACCCAGUUUUCUAGCUCAGCAUGCAACAAAUAGUUCCAGUUGCAUAUAUAAUUAUAGGAAUAUAUCGAAUCUGUCAGACUCGAGUUACUUC